UCCAAUUUGGUUGGGAAUAUUAGAAUAGAAAAAUAGAAGAGUGAGAACAGCAAAGCAGAGCAGAGCAGAAAACAAUACAGAAAGAGGCUAAACCUAAAACCCUUACCUUCCCGCCUUCACUAUGAGGAACACACCGAAACAGCCAUCGAGUGAAGUGAGUGAGUGAGUGAAAUGCAGAAACUGCUAAGCCCUUCUUCUUAUUCUUCAUCUUCGCUUCCCUUCUUCUCCAUUCCCGUUCUCUCCUUUCCACAAGUUUCAAACUUUCUACCGAUGUCAGCCGCGCUGCAGCCUCCAACUGCUCCUGCUUCUUCCCUCUCCGACAAGAAGAAGCCUUUUGGAGCCCUCAUGCCCCAUCUCUCUUCUCGCUAUCCUUCGUUUUCUUCCACUACUUGUUGUGUCUGUAGGCUAAGUCUGACCCCCACCCCUGCCAGGACUAAUACCCAUCUUCUCCUUAACCACUCCCCAAACCGCUCCUUGUUUUCGGCUUCUCAUGGCUCCUUUUUCUUUCACUCUCCUCGCGAUUUUUCUGUGGAGAGCAACCAAGCCAAGGAGAAGAGACCCUUUAGCUUGAGGUUAAAUAGGAGGCAAAAGGGUCCUACUACUUCUUCCUCUCCUUCUCCGUCAAAUCCUGAUUUGUUGGCCAUCCCCGGUGUGGGUCCCAGAAAUUUCAGAAAGCUCGUUCAGAAAGGUAUCGCUGGUGUUGCUCAACUCAAGCAACUCUACAAGGAUAAGUUCUUUGGCAAAUCCAGUGACAAGAUGGUUGAGUAUCUGCAGAGUUCUGUUGGGAUAAUCCACAAGAACCAUGCUGAAAGUAUAACUACUUUCAUCAAAAAGAGUGUCGAUGAGGAGUUGGAGGAGAAUUCCUCUUCGCAGCCUCAGCAGAAGAAGCGCUUAACAUUCUGUGUUGAGGGUAAUAUCAGCGUUGGCAAGACUACCUUCCUUCAGAGAAUUGCAAACGAAACGAUUGAAUUGCGUGACCUUGUUGAGAUUGUUCCUGAACCCAUUAACAAGUGGCAGGAUGUUGGACCUGACCACUUUAAUAUUUUGGAUGCUUUUUAUGCGGAGCCACAAAGGUAUGCCUACACCUUUCAGAACUAUGUAUUUGUUACUAGGGUGAUGCAGGAAAGAGAGUCAUCUGGUGGAAUCAAGCCUCUUCGUCUGAUGGAGAGGAGCGUUUUCAGUGACAGAAUGGUUUUUGUGCGAGCUGUUCAUGAAGCCAAUUGGAUGAAUGAGAUGGAGAUCAGUAUUUAUGACUCGUGGUUUGAUCCUGUCGUGUCUUCCUUGCCUGGACUUAUUCCUGAUGGUUUUAUCUAUCUUAGGGCAAGUCCUGAUACUUGCCAUAAGAGAAUGAUGUUACGGAAGAGGGAAGAAGAAGGUGGAGUCACCCUGGACUAUCUCCGUGACCUCCAUGAAAAGCAUGAAAGCUGGUUAUUUCCCUUCCAAAGUGGUAAUCACGGAGUUUUAGCAGUCAAUAAGCUACCCCAUCAUAUUGACAACUCUUUACACCCUGAUAUAAGAGACCGUGUUUUUUAUCUGGAGGGUGGUCACAUGCAUUCAAGUAUCCAGAAGGUUCCUGCACUGGUUCUGGACUGUGAACCCAAUAUUGAUUUCAGCAAAGAUAUUGAGGCAAAGAGACAAUAUGCUCGCCAAGUUGCAGAGUUUUUUGAAUUUGUGAAGAAAAAGCAAGAGGUUCCAUCCAAGGAAGGUGUUGGAGAUGCGAGAAGUAGCCAAGCCCAAUCACAGGUGCUGCUACCUCAUGAGGGUGGACUGUGGCUACCAGAUGGAAAGCCUUUUCCCCAGGAAGCGCUCAAACCUUUGGACUUCAGACGAACAAUGUCAUUCAUGUCUGGCUAGAGGCUGCUAAUCCUUGUUGACGUGUUCACGUUUUUUCUUUCAUGUAAAGAUUUUGUAACUCCGGACCUUGACUGAUGUAAAAUAGUGGUUGCCUGACGUUUUCCUGACACGCUAGUCUUGUUUGUGAUUAGAAAGAUUCUCUUGUGCCUAUAAGAUAUGAACAAUAUGUCUCGUUAAUUGUCAUCAAGUAUAAGAUAUAACUUUUUCAGA